AACUUGCAAUGUAGAUAGCGAUGGACAAAAUUUAUUCGACUGCGAUAAUCGAAGUUUGUAGUCUCACGUCUCACAUGACAGAGAAGAGAGAGAGAGAGAGAGAGAGAGAGAGAGAGAGAGAAAGCAAGACGAUCGCGCAUUAAUUAUUUACCAGUUCAGUCGCUAUCUGUCAUAAACUACUAUCUGCGUCAUCUCCAGAUGUUUGUCGAUCCGAUUUUCGCGAGCAUCUUGUUGUUUGUAAUCGUUACGUUCCCGAUACACGUCUGCGACAUUGAGAGCAGUACGUAACGAAAAAAAAAACGUUUCGUCAAUAAAAACAAACGUGUCGAACGAGUUUGCUCGAGGAGACGAAUAUAAGAAACGCGACAUAGUUUUUUCUUUUCUUUUUUUUCCUUUAAUACUCGCGAUUUUUUAUUAGAUUUGUCAGAUUGCAUGUCAUGAUGAACACCGUUCUCAGGUUCUGAGAAAAGAGCAGUGUCUACCUCGAAACAGUUCUGUGUUGACAAACUCCUCUUUCGACGAGAUAACCUCUCUGAUUGACGGAUUUUUAUUGCUAUAUAUCUAUCUUGAAUAAGAUGUCAUUGAUCGAGGGAGUUGGCGAUGAGGUCACAAACUUUUUCCUUGUCAUGAGUAUUCUUCUGAUUGUAUGGCUCGCCUGGUGUUCGACGAAUAUUGCGGAUCAGCCGCUGAUACGCACCGUACUUAUAUUGCGUGACAGAACGCCGACGCGGAUUGCGACGAUAAGAGCCAAUAAUCAGAAUACAAGCAGUAUCGGUAUCCAGGAUGUUGGGCGGCCGCCAAACUUAGAAACGACAGAAGAGGAAUCAACUGAGAUUUCGGAUAAUAGCGAUAGUACACAAGCAAACUGUCCAAAUGCAUCUGCCAUGGAUAUUAGUGAAACUUGUCAAGACAUCCCUAGACCGAUUGUUGAAUCUACAGUGACAGAAGAGGUACUUAUUGAAGCCAUGGAUUCAUUCAAUAACGAUGACCCAUCGCUGUUAGAAACAUCUGUUAAGGAAGAUAAUUCUGAUACGACAAAUACGUUAGACCAAACUGGUACUAGUUCAUCAGAACGUACAACAGAAGACUCGACUCUAAGCGAUAGCAAUGAAAUCACCAUAAAAUUGAAAUUCAUAAACGAUGAUCAGAAACUAGUAACUGGCAGUCUUAAAGAACUGCUAGGUGAUUUUAAAAGAAGGCACUUUCAAAUGGAAUUAGAGGCGCAUAAAUCAGUACGAUUAGUAUUUAACGGCCGCGUGUUGCAGCCCGACUCUCAAACUCUUGAGCAAUGCGGCUUAUUCAAUGAUUGUGUGGUCCAUUGUUGGGUGCAUCAACCGCGGCAGACUACCACACCAUCAUCCCAGACGUCUACAUUAGACAAUUCGUCGUCCAUCUACUUUAAUUCCCAAUCGUUCUCGGAUCUGCCCACCGGCACAGGUCUCAGUUCGGUGCACAACGAAUGGGAUCUGAGUCGACUCCUAGUAAGCAUCCUGACGAUUGUCCUAGGUCUCGCGUGGUACUCGCGGUAUCAUUAUGCGCAACUCUUUACCGCGACGACCACGCUUGCACUCUACGCGCUAACCGCGAUCUUUACCGUCUCCUUAUUUAGCAACUUCUUUCCCGAUCAAGAUAACAUUCGAAAUGUCGAAUAAAACAGCGACAUUUGUGUAUAUGUUAAUGAAAGCACUUUAAAAUACAAAUGAUUUAACAUAUGA